AUGUUUGAAAACAAAGAUUCUUCUGGUGAAGGUGUUAGGAUUCAAAAGGAAGGUAUCAAAAUGAGCAAUAGAGCACUCUACCUGAAUACUCGCAGCUUUCAAAACAAUGUAAAAAUCAUCGUGGAUGGGUAUGAUUUAGUGGCCAUUGCAGAGAUAUGGUUACAGGGUGGUCACGACUGGGAGUUAAAUAUCCAGGGGUGUCGGACUAUUCGAAGGACAGACAGACGGGAAGAGGAUGAGAAGGAGAAUUUAAUAACGGGAAAUAAGGAAAUAGCUGAGGCAUUGAACAGGUAUUUUCUGUUGGUCUUCACCGUGGAGGACACGAAUAACUUGCCAGUAAUUGAUGACAAAGAGGCUAAGAUAAGUGAUUACCUGGCUGACCAGUGCUGGAAUGGCGGAUGCAUUUACCUGAUCAUGCUGCGUCGGAUUAAACGCAAAGCUCCUCUUCCUCCUUCCAAUGGCAGCAACAGUGAACUCAGGACAAGCAGUAGCAGCUCGGAGGCAAGUGGAAGUCCAACGCAGAAUGGCAAACGGACUCGAAAGUUUGGUGUCAUCUCUCGUUCUUCCCUCAAUCGAGAUAGCCAGGACAGUCGGGAGAGUCAUAGCUCUGAGCAAGAGAAUGGAUAUCAUGUCUCCAUGGAGGCAGAAUGUUCAAAGGCUGAAGGGAUUGACGCUCAUUGUGACCCCAAAGACUCUGAUGCAGCUGUUAACCAGAUAUCAGAAGAGCAAAUUUCUAAUGGAAUCACUGCCCUAUCGACAACACAUCAAAGAACUCGACUCUCAGAAACUGGGAAGACAGACUCUAGACAGAGUGAACAGUCUACUCAGAGGGAAGGUUGCCAAAUUUGGAAGAUGCACAUGGUGAAAGGCUCAGACGGACUUGGUAUUCAGAUUACAGGAGGUCGGGGAUCCAAACGUUCACCCCAUGGCAUCAUUGUUACAUAUGUUGAAGAAGGAGGAGCAGCGCAAAGGGAUGGAAGACUGAAAUCUGGUGAUGAGCUGCUAAUGAUUAAUGGACAGUCACUGGUUGGACUCUCUCACCAAGAGGCAGUGGCACUACUUCGAUCAGCAGCAGGACUUGUACAGCUGGUUGUUGCAAGCAGGGAUGAAUCUGAGAUCCAUUUCCAGAAGUUCCCCUCCACAAGUUUACCUGAUUUGGUGACUAACUUUGUGGUUGCUGAUAACUCCCCCUCUCCUACAGAAAAUAAAGAGAAUGUAAAACCAGACAGUGAAGAUGCAGCAGCUGACUGCCAAGUGCAUCACCAUCCUGAAAGUGUUUCAGAAACUGACAAAGGCGAUACCCAUGAGCGUGUAGAAAUGCCACAGUUCAGUUGUCGAAGUCCAACACCAGGCGGCAGUGUAAUGAAAUUCAGGAGCAGAUCUCAAGGCGGAGGGAGCCGCUUGGAAUCUGUGGGUGAAGAUGAUGAGCUGAUAGUGGAAAAUGGUGAAGCAAGUUGUGACAUGUCGGAAAAGCCAGCACGAGGAGGCCGCAAGCAUUCCCUUCCCCAGCAGCUUGAUGCAACUGGUAUUCGACAGGAGUAUCAAAUCGUAAAAAAGUCAGCACGUUCCUUAAGCACAGUUCACGUGGAAUCACCAUGGCGGCUAGCCCAGCCAUCAAUCAUCUCGAACAUUGUCCUAAUGAAAGGGCAAGGAAAGGGUCUUGGUUUCAGUAUAGUUGGUGGCCAGGAUUCUGCUCGAGGACGGAUGGGAAUAUUUGUCAAAACUAUUUUUCCAAAUGGUGCAGCUGCUGCUGAUGGAAGACUGAAAGAAGGAGAUGAAAUUCUAGAAGUUAAUGGGGAAUCCCUGCAAGGACUAACUCAUCAGCAGGCAAUUCAAACCUUCAAGCAACUGAAGAAAGGAGUAGUGACUCUUACUGUUCGUACUAGGUUGCGCAGUCCUAGCCUUACUCCUUGUCCCACUCCAACCUUAAUGAGUCGGUCCAGCUCUCCCAAUUCCAAUGCUAGCGGUGGAACUCCAGUCCCAGCAUCUGAAGAAGGUGACUGCUGUCGCAAAGGACCAGGGCCAAAAGAUCGUAUCAUAAUGGAGGUGACAUUAAAUAAAGAGCCUGGAGUUGGGUUGGGGAUCGGGGCCUGUUGUCUUACAUUAGAAAAAAGCACACCAGGAAUCUACAUCCAUAGCCUUUGCCCAGGAUCAGUUGCCAAAUUGGAUGGCAGAUUGAGCCGAGGUGAUCAAAUUUUGGAGGUGGACUCAGUAAGCCUGCGACAUGCAGCUCUGAGUGAAGCGUAUGCAAUUCUAAGUGAAUGUGGCCCAGGCCCUAUUAGCCUUAUUAUUAGCCGUCAUCCAAACCCAAAGGUCUCAGAACAGGAAAUGGAUGAGGUGAUAGCACGUACGACACAUCGGGAGAACACAAGCAAAGAUGGACAACUAUCACACACCACAGGGUUAUCUUCAAAGAGUCCAUCGCCUAGUGUGAAAUCCAAGCAGGGUGAUGGAUCUUCUCUCAGUUGGACGAUGAAACGUUUUCUGGAACCCACAAGUCGGCAAGGGUCAUUGAGUUCAGAAACGGAACUCUCCCAGUACUUUUCCAAUCAUGUUCCCAGCCAGUCGUCACUCUCAGAUACAAUGUUAACAGCUUCCAGUGAGGAAGAACAUCUCCGGCAGAAGAGCAUAAGUAACUCAUUGGAUGACAGUGUUCUUUCUCCUCUAAAUCCAGUGCCCAACGAAAUUGGAGUGCCAAAGCCAGAGGUGUCCUCCAUCUCCCUUAGCAAUGGGAAAUCUGUUGUACCUAAGAACAAACAUGUGGAAGUGGCUCGACAGGCCAGUCCAGGUGACAGCCCCAAAUCAAUUCGCAGCCCUCUUCUACGGCAGAGAAGGGUCAUUUGCUAUGAUGACAUCAGUGAUGAUGAAGACUUUGUGAAGGUUGAGGAUAGCGCUCGACUCAAACGGCCUCAAAUCACACAGAAGAUGCCAGAGGAAGAUUCAGGAAUUAUUAUAGCCACGUCUUCUGUUGAAGUGGAUGAUGAAAGCCAAGAUGGUGAGUUGUUGAGAAAUGUCAGCAGCGAUGGUGACCUACCUCAGUGCAGCAGCUCAUUAGAGUCUGAGGACAGCUCAAUGGAGCAAAUGGUUGACUCGCCCUUCAUGCCACUUAAAUUCUUUGAAUCGUCCAGUUCCACUGACACUAAUCAUAGCAACCUUGGGAUCAAGGAGGGUCAGGUGGAGUCCAAGCGAUCACCUAAACUUGAACACAAAGCUGUCACUCGAGUGAAGAGCAUGAUGAGCAUUGAAUGCCCACAAAACCUCUCGAAGCAUAAGAAUGAGGAGCAUCAUUCACCUCCCACCAAGCCCAUUGCAAGGCCACUGCCUCAUAGCAAAAAGACUGAGACGGGAGACACCUCAGUAAUGUGCUGCACAGAAACGGUACAUCUCACACGUGAAAGAUCAGAAUCAUUUGGAUUGGAGUUGGAAAUCAAGGCUUCUCCUUUAAGAGUUCUGAUAACAGGUUUACAACCAGGUGGAGCAGCAGAGAGAGAAUCUAAGGGAAAGCUUGGUGCCGGAGAUGAAAUUGUCUUCAUUAAUAACACACCGGUCUUUAGCAUGCCUUACCAAGAGACUUGCAACUUUAUGUAUAACCUCCCAUCCUCCAUCACACUUGAAGUACGCAAACCAGUAUCCGCUGUGGACAGAUUAUCAACGCUCAUCUCAUCAUCUUCUACAGAUCUGAAUUUAGUAGAACCUGAUACUGUAGAAAUUGAUCAAAAUAUGAUUGCCAACAAAAGCAAUGCACAAAUGUUUGAAGACUUUAUGAAAAACAGAACAACAAGCUUGGAAGUGCAGCCCCUGGAAAAACCUACUGGAGACAAUAUGGUGGAAAACAAAGUAGUUUCACAGGAUUGCAGUACCUUGCCACACAGUCAAAGAUCUGACAUCCCAGUUACAGACAUCGAUGAUGUUAUCAAUCAAUUAGAUUCUGUUGAGGAUGACAUCCCAAAUACUUCACCUUUGAAUUCAGAAAGGAGUCAAGUUGAUGUUGCUGCUCAUUCAAUAAUAGCUAUCAACAACACAAAUGAUGUCAGUAAUAAAGGUGACUCUUCAAUAGGCAUCACUCAAGAAGUUCUUGACUAUUCUGUUCUAAGUUCAGUCAACACCGGCAAAGUAUUUUCGGUAAACAAAACAUGUCUGACUAACUAUUCCAGAAACUUAAGUACUGAGAAGAAGGACAAACUAUUGGGUUUAACAGACAUCAAGGAAAAUAGUAAACAACAAUCCAUGUAUGCUGCUGCAGUGGACUCUGAUUCAGAGGCAGAAUCUUUGGAUAGCCCUCAUUCAUCCUGUAGUAAAGUGGCCCUGGGUUUACCUGGAGAUGUUGUUUUCACGCAAUGUGAAAGCCUUAGUAUUGCAGAUUCAGAUACAGAAGAGGUUGAAAUCUGCUUCCAGCCUAGUGAUCAAGCUCAAACACCACAGCAAUUUGUGCAACUUCCAACAAAUCUGAACCAGGAGGUUCUGCAUGAGAGUGACUUGUCAAUGACUAAGCUUGCUCCAGAAGCGGGUAAAGGGACAAUUUCAGCAGAUAAAAAGACAAAUUCAAAUCUGCCCUUUUCGUACCAUGAAAAUGAGCAUAGUUUAAUCUAUUCCACCCCGCCUUCCAAUUUUGAUAUGACUGGAGUAGAGGUUGCCAAACAGAGCCUAAUGCCAAAUCAUAUGACUGAUAGACUUGUUGAACCAAUAAAAUCUGAAAGCACAAGUAUCCUUACGGCUUCUUAUGUAAAUGAUUCACAAAAUAAACAUUUAGGAUUUGAUCCUUCUUCCAAGCAGAAUCUGCCAAUAAAUUCUCUGGAAGACACAGGUGUGAUGACCUUUCAUAAUCAAAAAGAUUCAGACAAAGGCCAAUGUAUCGAAGAAGACACCAGGGAAUUUGAUAAAAAGUUGGAACAUCACAGUGAUUCUGCCUUUUCUCCAUCAAAACUUCAGUCAGAAUCACGUUUGGAAUUGAAUAGAACAGACGAUUUUUCUUCAUCACAAGAUGCCUUGAAGCAUUCUAAGAAAGCAGAAAUUACAAAAGCAAGUCAUGAUUCCUUGUAUCCAGUGCCCAAGCCCAGGUUAUCUGCUAUAAGUAAGCCAAAUUUGGGUUCUCAGAAUGUUGCCUUAUCUAUGAUUCAGGUCAGAAAGGAAAGACUGACUUUGUCAGGUAGUGGCAAAAAUUCUACCCCCCCUGCCACAAAGACAAAAUCAGUCCAAACAAUCCUUAGGAGCACAAAUUGGGAAACCUUCCAUGCCAUUUAAAGGACAAAAUGAAAGUGGUGCAGCAUCUCAAAUGUGUACUAGAUCUAAGUUUCAGGACAAAACGCAGAAGUUCUAUUCUGCACCAAAACUAAAGGGGCUCAGCAUUAAAAGU